AUGGAGAUGAUUGAGCAGUUUAAGAAUUCGAUGAUGUCGGAAUUUGAUAUGUCUGACCUUGGUUUGAUGCAUUAUUUUUUGGGAAUAGAAGUUGUUCAAUUUGAUGCAGGCAUUUUUAUCUCUCAAAAGAGAUAUGUGCAAGACAUUUUAACCAGGUUUCGAAUGCAAGAUUGCAAUCCAGUUUGUACUCUAUCUGAGACGAGUUUAAAGCUUGUUAAAGACCCAGAUGGAAAAAAAAUUAACAACACUCUUUACAAGAAAAUCGUUGGAAGUUUAAUGCACUUAACUACAACAAGCCUAGACAUCAUGCUUAUCGUAAGUCUCAUCAGUAGAUUCAUGGAAAAUCCAACAAAGAUGCACCUUACGUCAGCAAAACGAAUUCUGAGAUACUUGCAAAGAACCACAAAUUAUGGGAUAUUUUACAAGAAAGGAGAAAAAUCAGAUUUGAUUGGAUUUAUGGAUAGUGAUUAUGCGAGGGAUCAAGAUGAUAGGAAAAGCACAUCUAGGUAUGUGUUUAAUAUGGGGUCUAGAGCUAUUUCAUGGUCUUCAAGAAAGCAGCCUAUAGUCACUAUUUCAACUACUGAAGCGGAAUUUGUAGUCGCAACAUCGUGUGCUUCCCAAGAAAUUUGGUUGAGAAAUGUUAUUAAAGAGCUUCAUUUCAGUCAAGAAGGUUCUGCUCCAAUUUAUUGUGACAACAAUUCAACAAUCAAGUUGUCCAAAAUUUAG